ACGAGAUUUCUGUCUAGUCUGUGCUAAAAAGAAGUACCUAUCAAGUCGGUAAAACUCACAAAAGCGAAUCUGACAGAUAAGACAACCACUAUUAAUUUUUUGGCUCCACGUGAAUAUUAAAAUAACUUGUGAAAUACUUUAAAAGUUCAAGUAAAUUAGUAAAAAGUUAUAACAAUCAUGGCGGUACGUGUGCAAUUCGAAAAUAAUAAUGAAAUAGGAGUGUUCAGUAAAUUAACAAAUUCAUAUUGCCUAGUCGCUAUCGGCGGCUCGGAGAACUUCUACAGCGUGUUUGAAGCCGAGUUAGCGGACACAAUUCCAGUGGUGCAUGUGAGCAUUGCCGGCUGCCGGAUUAUCGGAAGAAUGACUGUUGCAAAUAAGAACGGACUCCUCGUACCGUCCUCGACAACUGACACAGAACUUCAGCACAUCCGCAACAGUUUACCAGACUCAGUCAAAGUACAGCGAGUAGAAGAGCGGCUAAGUGCUCUUGGCAACGUAAUUGCGUGCAACGACUACGUUGCGUUAGUACACCCAGACUUAGACAAGGACACUGAAGAAAUUCUGGCCGACACAUUAGACGUAGAAGUAUUCAGGCAAACAGUAGCAGGCAAUGUAUUGGUGGGGUCUUACACUGCACUGAGUAACCGAGGCGGUCUCGUUCAUCCGAAAACAACAAUACAGGACCAGGAUGAGCUUUCAUCGCUAUUACAAGUACCCUUGGUGGCGGGAACAGUGAACAGAGGUAGUGAUGUUGUUGCUGCCGGACUCGUCGUUAACGAUUGGAGUGCCUUUUGUGGAAUGGACACAACAUCUACAGAACUCUCAGUGAUCGAGAGUGUGUUCAAGCUCAAUGAUGCAAAACCCACAGCUAUCACAUCAACGAUGCGGGCCUCUCUCAUCGACAGCAUGUCAUAACACUAAAAUGUGGCGUAAAAUGAUCUAUGCUAAGGGUUUCAAUAUAUGUGUGAUAAUUCAGUAAUAUUAUGACAUAAAAUGUUAAUGUGUGUCAUCGAGGCACUACCAAACGACUUGUUUCUUUUAUUAAAAUAAGGAAAUAAAUA